AUGCUCGUUGUAUGCUUUGCAGGCGAAGUCUUGGGCACCUAUUUGUGGCGUGGACGCAACUCGAGUACGCUGCGCGAACUGAAUCCCAAGAGUUUGUCCUCCGGUCUCGACGACUAUCCGCGCGCCUCGCAUCCCACGGAUCUGGAGCGUCACGUGGAUUUGCGCUGUUGGAUUGCGCUCGCCGCUAGCGUGAUGGCUGAGCUAUCCACGCUGUUGGGCAAGGAUGAUGUCAAGUACUAUGAGACCGCAUCGUAUUUGACGGACAAUGAGCUGAUGAAUAAGCUGCACUUGGAUCCGUUCACAGAGCACUACACCGACUGGGGACUGCACACGGAUGCUGUGGCACUGAAGCAUCCGCCGCCAAUGACACCGCAACGCAAGGGUGGUCAACGGAUUCAACAGCCGCCGGCGGAGAUGCAACGCUACACACUGAAGCCACCGGACUACAAGUUUGUGAACACAAUGUUCGGUUAUGUGAGUCUGUUUCCGUUGCUGCUGGAGCAGCUGGAACACGAUUCACCAUAUCUGGGCAAGUUGUUGCAAGAUCUGCGUGAUCCACAGCUGCUGUGGACGAACUAUGGCUUGCGUUCGCUGUCCAAGGAUUCGCCGCUGUACAUGAAACGCAAUACGGAACACGAUCCACCAUAUUGGCGUGGUCCCAUCUGGAUCAAUAUCAACUAUUUGGCCGCCAAGGCGCUGAGACACUAUGGCAAAAUCGAGGGUCCGUAUGCGGCGAGUGCACGCAAAAUCUAUGGCGAGUUGCGUGAGAAUCUCGUGAGGAACAUCUUCAAGCAGUAUCAACGGACGGGUUACCUUUGGGAGCAGUACGACGAUACCACGGGCGAGGGCAAGGGAUGCAAUCCAUUUACCGGCUGGAGUGCACUCGUUGUUCUCCUCAUGGCCGAACAGUUCUAG